AUGGCGAGCUCCAUGCUCGCGCCCGCCGUCGGCGACAUCGCCAAAGAGUUCCGCGCGUCCGACAAGGCUGCGCUCGCCGGCCAGACGAGCUUUGUGUGCAUGCUGGGCAUCGGGCCGCUGUUUCUCGCGCCCAUGUCGGAAACGUUUGGAAGGCGGAAGGUGUUUGUGGUGAAUUCGGCGAUGUUUACGCUCUUGCAGAUCCCCACUGCUCUGUCGCCCAACAUCGCCUCUUUCAUCGCCUUUCGCGCCCUCUCGGGCUUUUUCGGCAGCGUGGGAGUCGCCAAUGGAGGCGGCUCCAUCUUCGACAUGUUUGAUGUGCACGAGCGCGCUCCUGUGCUGGGCUUCUACCUUACUGCCCCGCUUGUUGCGCCCAGUAUCGGCCCUCUGCUCGGCUCUGUGAUUGUCAGGAGCUUGGAUUGGCGCUGGAUCUUCUGGUGCAUGUGCAUGCUUGCUGCAUUUGUUACUACGUUUAUCUAUUUCUUUUUGUAUGAGACGAACCCUGUGGCUAUUCUCCAAGCGCGCAAGAGCGAGUUGCAGAAGAAGCAUCCUGAUGUGGAGUACGAGGUCGAGGGCGCGAGUGACGAGAGCAUUCCCAAGAAGAUUAUGAAUGCAAGUGAUUUGACCUGCAGCCCGGAAAACGGCACCCGAGCAGUGAAGAUCCUCACCACCCAACCAAUCGUCUUAAUCCUCUCCAGCUACCAAGCCCUCAUCUUCGCCUCCAUGUACUCGCUCUUCGCCACCUACACAGACAUCUGGUCCCAACCGCCCUACAACUUCACCACCAUCCAAACGGGGCUCGCAUUCCUCGGCCCCGUCGUCGGCUUCGUCACCAUGUCGACGCUCGUCAUCCUCUACAUCGACUCCAUCUACAACUACGUAGCCCGGAAGAACGACGACGACGGCCUGCCAGAAUACCGACUGGUGUUUGCCAACAUUGGCGCCGUGUUGCUGCCCAUUUCCUUGUUCAUGUUCGGUUGGACCGUGGAGAUGGGGCUAGCUUGGCCGGUGCCGCUCGUUGCGACGGUGCUGUUUGGCGCGAGCCAGGUGUCGAUCUUCAAUCCUGUGCAGACGUAUUAUAUCGAUGCGUAUGCGAAGCAUGCGGCGUCUGCUUUGGCUGCAGGGGCGUUCUUGCGAUCGAUGAUUGGAGGGGUUGUGCCUUUGUUCGUUGGACAGAUGUGCGUCUUUCCCUCCACCUCAACGAGACGUUUUUGA